AUGAAGCCGCUAGAAAAAUUUUUGAAGAAGCAGACGUCGCAGCUGGCUGGGCGGGCUGUAGGAACAGGACCCGGAGGGGGUCCUGGGGGGUGUGGUGGGCCCGGGGGCGGAGGGGGAGGGGGGCCUGCGGGAGGUGGUGGCCCAGUGGGGGGACCCCGACAGCUGCAGAGACGCCAAAGUGUAUCUCGCUUGCUGCUCCCUUCUUUCCUCCGGGAACCCCCGACCGAACCCGGGCUGGAGCCGACUACGGAAGAAGAAGAGGGGGAACCUGGCAGAACCGCUGGGGACCCCGUCGGAGGGGGACCCUGCUGGUUGCAGUUGGAUGAAGCCCCGGGGCCCGGCCCACUUGGAGUAGGGGGGCCUCUUCGAUCGCCUUCUUCCUAUUCAUCGGACGAGCUGUCCCCAGGAGAGCCCCUCACUCCACCUCCUUGGCUCCCUCUGGGGGCCCUUGACCAGCCGGAGCAUCUGCUGAACCGAAUCCUAGAGCGACUGGCUGGAGGGGCUCCCAGGGACAGUGGGACGUCAGACAUUCUGCUGGAUGAUUUUGUCCUCACUCACUCGCUCUUCCUCCCUACUGAGCGCUUCCUGCAGGAGUUGUACCAGUACUUUGUUCAGUCAGACGGUAUUGAGGGGGCUGAGGGGCUAGGCCGGAAACAGGCAUGCUUGGCUGUGCUUCUCCACUUUCUGGAGACAUACCAGGGAUUACUGCAGGAGGAAGAGUGUGCUGGUCGAAUCAUUAAGGACCUAUAUCUGCUGAUCAUGAAAGAUGAAUCCCUCUACCAGGAUCUCCGGGAGGAAACCCUGAGACUACACCAGCUAGUGGAGACAGUAGAACUUAAGAUCCCUGAAGAGAGCCAACCACCCAGCAAGCAAGUGAAACCACUCUUUCGUCACUUCCGCCGAAUAGACUCCUGUUUGCAAACCCGGGUGGCUUUCCGGGGUUCAGAUGAGAUCUUCUGUAGGGUCUACAUGCCUGACCACUCGUAUGUGACAAUCCGAAGCCGCCUGUCAGCCUCAGUGCAAGACAUCUUGGGUUCAGUAUCAGAGAAGCUGCAGUACUCAGAGGAGUCAGGGGGACGUGAUGACUCCCUCAUCCUGGUGGCUGUGGCAUCCUCAGGAGAGAAAGUCCUGCUGCAACCAAGUGAGGAUUGUGUCUUCACCACCCUGGGCAUCAAUAGCCACUUGUUUGCCUGUACCCGAGACUGCUAUGAAGCAUUGGUGCCCCUCCCUGAGGAGAUCCAGGUAUCUCCUGGGGACACAGAGAUUCACCGAGUGGAGCCAGAGGAUAUUGCCAAUCACCUCACUGCCUUCCACUGGGAGCUGUUCAGAUGCGUUCAUGAGCUGGAGUUUGUGGACUACGUGUUCCAUGGGGAACGGGGCCGACGGGAGACGGCUAACCUGGAGCUUUUGCUUCAGCGGUGCAGUGAGGUCACCCAUUGGGUGGCCACAGAGGUUCUGCUCUGUGAGCCUCUUGGGAAGCGAGCACAGCUGCUGAAGAAAUUCAUCAAGAUUGCCGCCAUCUGUAAACAAAAUCAAGACCUGUUGUCUUUCUAUGCUGUGAUUAUGGGGCUGGAUAAUGCUGCUGUUAGCCGCCUUCGGCUCACCUGGGAGAAACUUCCAGGGAAAUUCAAGAACUUGUUCCGAAAAUUUGAGAAUUUGACAGACCCCUGCAGGAACCACAAAAGUUACCGAGAGGUUGUAUCUAAGAUGAAGCCACCAGUGAUCCCCUUCGUGCCUCUGAUCCUCAAAGACUUGACAUUUCUGCAUGAAGGCAGCAAAACUCUCCUGGAUGGGUUGGUCAACAUUGAGAAGCUGCACUCAGUGGCAGAAAAAGUGAGAACAAUCCGGAAAUAUAGGAGUCGGCCCCUCUGUCUGGAGAUGGAAGCAUCACCUCACCACCUGCAGACAAAGGCCUAUGUGCGUCAGUUCCAGGUCAUUGACAACCAGAAUCUGCUCUUUGAGCUCUCCUACAAGCUGGAAGCCAAUAGUCAGUGA